CAACGCUGUAAAGCGCAGGGGAUGGUAAACCACGGGUUCCAAGAAAAUGCAUCCAUCCUAGCUUCUUUGAACCUUCCCCUGGAAGACUCGACUCCUAAGUAAACCACGGAUCGCCCUGCUGCAAUGGUAUAAAGUAUAUGGGAUGGUAAGAAAAGAGUCGCUCAUCCUCUCCCCCCACCAUAUGGCUCCGAAAAUGCACCCAAGCUGCCUCUCGGCCCUGAGAGCAGGCGACAUGAACCGCCUCCAUGAACUGAUCCAGGAUGACCCAACACGAUUAUACGGCAUGACCAUUAAGGGAAACAGCAUACUCCACAUCGCCACAAGCCUCGGCAACGCCUGGCUCAUCACCCAGUUGUGCAAUCAACUUGAUUUGGAUUUCCUGCUGCACCAGAACUUAGAAGGCGACACAAUCCUCCACUGCGCCGCCCGUGCAGGGCACGACAACAUUCUUUCCUUGCUCAUCAAAAACUGGUUUGGAGGGCUAAUGAUGGGAGUGUUGAACCAGCGCGGGGAUAGCGCUCUGCACGAAGCUGCACGUGGCGGCCAUGCUAAUGCUGUAUGGCAGCUUGUAGCUGCUGGAGAUAAUAUGGCCUCAAAGGUUAACAGAGAUGGAGAGUCGCCGAUUUAUCUAGCGGCGGAGAGAGGCUCAGUGGAGGCCGUGCAAUUUUUGCUUGGGUGCGAGGUGGUGGAUUAUGGAGGACCUCGAGGGAAAAAUGCUCUUCAUGCUGCCGUCUGUCGAAGCUAUGAUAUUGCGAAGAUGUUGCUCGACAAAAUGCCGGAACUAAACCUAAAAACGGAUAACUCCCUAAGCGCCCCCAUUCACUAUGCGGCUUCCCUUGGAGAUGUAAAAAUGGUGCGUCUUCUGCUACAAGCGGAUGCUACAAUAGCUCAUCUCUUGGACGACCAUGGCCUCUCAGCCAUACACAUCGCAGCAAGCAAGGACUAUGGCAAUGUUAUCGAGGAGAUACUCCACCAUUGCCCAGAUGCCACUGAGCUCACUGAUAUUGAAGGCAACAAUUUUCUUCAUGUUGCUACAAAGAAGAGAGCGACAUCAGUGGUGAAACUAGUACUUAGUAACCCUCUGCUCAGACAGAGCAUAAAUGAGAAAGAUCGUGAAGGAAACACGCCAUUGCAUUUGGCUGUAAUGAACCACUCCAGGGAAAUCGUCCUUCUUUGGUUGUCGGAUAGCAGAGUCGACACAAAUGUUAUAAACCACAAUGGUCUCACUCCCCUUGAUAUAGCUUCAUCAUGUGCUGACUCAAAUAUUCGUCUCAGGAUGAAGAAGAUGUGCGAAGAAUUAACCUCUGCUGGUUCCAAGUUUGGCACUCACCGAAUGGACAUCUUGAUGGGUAAGAAUCAACGGAGGCCAGAAGAAGAGCUUAACCGAUAUAGAACACUGGCAAGUAACAUGGCAAUAGUGGCAGUACUCAUUGCAACAGUUAUAUUUGCAGCUGCUUUUACCUUGCCUGGAGGUUACAGCAAUGAUGACAGCAAUAACCAGGAACAAGGCAUGGCGAUUCUAGCCAAGAAAUUAGCUUUCAAGAUGUUUCUUAUCUUCGACACCAUUUCAAUGCUAAGCUCUAUUAGCGUUACCUUCUUGCUAAUUUGCACUGGCUCUCUAGAUCACGAUAUAAGAUUGCACUCCAUCAUUACUGCCAUGAAGUUCAUGUGGGUUGCACUAGGAGGGUUGGUGGUAGCGUUCUCCAUGGGAAUCUAUGUCGUCUUGGUCUCAAAAUGCAGAUGGUUGGCUGUUCUUAUUUGUGGAAUGGCUGCUUGUGUUCCCUUCAUGGCUUCUUUCUUCGAUCCUUCCUGCUGGAAGACUCGAUUCCGAAGUAAACCACGGGUCGCCCUGCAAUGUUAUAAAGCAGAUGGAAUGGUAAGAAAAAAGUCGCUUAUCCGCUCAUCACCCCUCCAUAUGGCCGCCAGAAUGCACCCAAGCUGCCUCACGGCCCUGAGAGCGGGCAACAUGGCCCGCCUCCGUGCGCUGCUCCAGGAUGACCCAACACGAUUCUACGGCAUCACCGUUAAAGGAAACAGCAUCCUCCAUAUCGCCGCAAACCUCGGCAACGACUGGCUCAUCACCAAGGCGUGCAAUGACUCCCAAUGGGACCUCCUGCUGCACAAGAACUUAAAAGGCGACACGAUCCUCCACUGCGCCGCCCGUGCAGGCCACGACCAGAUCCUAUCAUUGCUGAUCGAUCAUGGAGCAGGAUUGCAAAUGACGGGAGUGUUAAACGAGCGCGGGGAUAGCGCUCUGCACGAAGCUGUACGCGGCGGCCAUGCUAAAGUUGUCCGACAACUUUUAGCUGUUGGAGAGAACAUGACCUCCAUGGUUAACGGAGAUGGAGAGUCUCCGCUUUAUCUAGCAGCGGUGAGGGGCUCGGUGGAGAUUGUGAAAAUGUUGCUUGGAUGUGCGGAGGUGGAUUAUAGAGGACCUCGAGGGCAAACUGCUCUGCAUGCUGCCGUCUGCCGAAGCUAUGAUAUUACGCAGAUGCUACUGGAAAGAAUGCCGGCACUAAACCUACAGGCGGAUGCCUCCCUAAGCGCCCCCAUUCACUACGCAGUUUCCCUUCGAGAUGUAAAGAUGGUGCGCCUUUUACUGAAAGCGAACGCUACAAUAGCUCAUCUCUUGGACGACAAGGGCCUCACAGCCAUCCACAUAGCAGCAAGCAAGGGCUAUACGAAAGUUAUUUGGGAGAUACUCUGCCAUUGCCCUGAUGCCACUGAGCUCACUGAUUAUGAUGGAAACAAUUUUCUUCAUGUUGCUGCAAAGAAGGGAGCGAGAAUAGUGGUGAGACAAGUUCUUAGAAAUCCUCUACUCAGACAGAGCAUAAAUGAGACAGAUCAUGAGGGAAACACACCAUUGCAUUUGGCUGCAAUGAACUGCAAGUGGAAAAUCGUUCGCCUUUUGCUGUCAAAUAACAUAGUCGAUAAAAAUGUUAUAAACUGCAAGGGUCUCACUCCCCUUGAUGUAGCUUCAUCAAUUGAUGCCUCCAAAUUUCGCUUCAGGAGGAGGAUUAUGUUAAAAAAAUUGAACUCUGCUGGCACCAAAUUUGGUCCUCACCGAAUGGACAUCAUGAUGCCUGAGGAUCAAGAUUAUCCAGAAGAAGAGCUUGACAGACAUAGAGCAAUGGCAAAUAACCUUGCAAUAGUGUCAGUACUCAUUGCAACAGUUACAUUUGCAGCCGCUUUCACAUUGCCUGGAGGUUAUAGCAAUGAUGACAGUAACCAGGGACAAGGCAUGGCGAUUCUAGCUAAGAAAGUAGCUUUCAAGGUGUUCCUUAUCUCUGAUACCAUUGCAAUGGCAAGCUCUAUGUGCAUAACCUUCUUGCUAAUUAGUAGUAGCUCUCCAGAGCGCGACCAAAGAUUGAGCGUCAUCAUUACUGCCCAGUUUUGCGUACAGGUUGCACUAGUAGCAAUGUUGGUGGCAUUUUCCAUGGGCAUUUAUGUGGUCGUGGUUUCACAAUGCAGAUGGUUGGCUGAUCUUAUUUGUGGAAUGGCUAUUUGUACUCCCUUUAUUAUUUUGUGGUCAUCUAGUUUCAUAAAGGUUAACUAUCCUUAA